GACCUCGGCCGACGCCGCGAGCACAGCGGCGGCUCCGCCAGCCCAUCCCUCCAGCCGGCGAGCUCGGGCGCACGGACCUCCCGCCCCGCUGAGCGCACGAUGCGCGGGCCCGGGCGCCCCUUCCUCCUGGGGCUGUUGCUCGUGCUGGGCGCGGCGGGGCCCGGCCGGGGCGGCCCCGAGCCCCGCGGGGAGGCGGACCGGCAGACGCUGCUGCGGCUGCUCCUGGAGAUCAUGCAGGAGCUGAAGAAGUUCCACGCGGGGGAGGCCAAGCGGCUGCAGCCCCCGGGCCCGCGGGACGCCGCUCCCGGCCGCAGGGAGGCCGCCGACUACGCGCUGGACCCCGAGGAGCAGCGCGCGGAAAUCGUUCCUCGAGAUCUAAGGAUGAAGGACAAGUUUUUAAAGCAUCUCACAGGUCCUCUCUACUUCAGCCCCAAGUGCAGCAAACACUUCCACAGGCUUUACCACAACACCAGAGACUGCACCGUCCCGGCAUACUACAAGAGGUGUGCCCGGCUGCUGACCCGGCUGGCUGUGAGCCCCGUGUGCAUGGACGGAUGAGCGAGCGGACCACAAGGGAAACCACGAGAAGUGCCUUGGAGACCAACAGGGACACAGAACCUACUACCUUCACACACACGCCCCCCGAACAAGAGAGUUAUUUUUGCAGAUUCCCGUGAUUCCUUCAGUUUCGUAUGUUGACACUGUUUGCGGGCACCUGACAGCGAACCCGCCUUUCCUUUAGGAAGUGAGCACGCGCUUGCCGGUCACACCACGCAAGGACGGAAGGCACCUCACUCUCCUGAUUGGGUGAAAUCACAGAGUAUUUCUUUAGAUUUCAAAUAUAGAUUUGAAACUAUAUUUUCAUAUAGCAUAUGGUAUGAUUUAAUAUUUUUGUUACUUUUACAAUUAAAUUCCCAGAUAUUAUUUGGAAUUGCAUGAAAACAAUUUUUAAAAAGAUGCCUUCAGCCAUGCUUUGGAGACAGUGACGUGUAAUCGUGUGCACAGUGAGGUCAAUUCACCUGCCCUUGGUGUGAUAAAUGUGAGAUAGGAUCUGCCUACUGUGCAAUCUGUACAUACUGUAAAU